GCUAACUGUGGAACCGUCUUCGGUUGGUUCAGAAAUUAAUGCGGAAACUAAAGAAACGGAGAUGAUCGGCCCCGCUGAGUCCCAGAUGAUAGCAGCUGUCUUUUGUGUUCGCACCCGUAGUUCUGUUUUCUCUAGUGUCCAUGAGCGGCGGGAACAGCCAGUUGAUUGGAUCGAUAUGCCCCUCAAAAUGUUCGGGGAAUCAACGAUCCCCCUCCCGAGCCACGUUYCCGCGGAACUUCGGAAGUCGUUAAUCUGUGUAUUGAAUGGUUAUGCAGAAGUGCUGAGCGUGCAUGACAAUGAUAUUGGAUUAACUAAUGUAAUUGAACAUGCCAUUCUCACGGGAGAUCAUCCGCCCAUUAGCUGCGCUCCCUACCGAUACUCGCCAGCUCAACGAGGGGCCGCCUUUCAGCGGAUUAAGGAGUUCGAAGCUAAUGGAUGGAUCGAACCCGCUAUAGGACCAUGGUCUUUUCCUGUAGUGAUAGUACCCAAGAAGGCUGAGGGGAUUCGCAUUUGCAUUGAUUAUCGAAAGCUGAAUGACAUCACGAUUAAAGAUGUGUAUCCUCUCCCCCGGAUUGAUGAGUUAUUGGAUGCGAUUGGGAGUGCUCGAUUUUUCAGCAAGUUUGAUGUUCGUCAUGGGUUCCAUCAUCUUCUUGUCCAAGAGGAAGAUCGACCGAAAACGGCGUUUGUGCUUUUCGAAGGUACGUGGCAAUGGAUUCGAUGUCCGAUGGGUAUCUGCAAUGCCCCUGCAACUUUUCAGCAGACCAUGAACAUGGCUUUUCAGAAUUUCGUACGGAAGACUCGAUUGGCACAGAGCAUCAUCAACUACUGCGUGAUUGUGUACAUGGAUGACAUCCUAGUGUAUUCGAGUUCCUACGAGGGACACGUGCAGCACAUCGAAUGGGCACUGCAUGCGUUACGAGAUGCAGGUUUCAAGGUUGCGCUUGAGAAGUGUCAGUUUUUCCUUACCACUAUUUCUUUCCUGGGGCACGUGGUGACAGACAAGGGGCUCCAACUGGAGCCGCUGAAGGUGGCAGCUGUCAGGGACGCGCCAGUKCCUACCACUCUCACGCAAGUUCGCGCCUUUCUGGGCCUAGCCUCGUAUUACCGAAGAUUUAUUAAGGGCUUCGCGGCGAUUGCGGGACCCUUCACAAAUCUCCUGCGCAAGGAUCAGCCAUUGAUCUGGACGCCGGAGUGCGAUCAAGCAUUUUUCAAACUCAAGGCUACUCUCAUUUCGGCUCUGGAGCUCAUCGCACCGAUCGUACAGUUGGCGGACGAUCUCUCGCCCGACAUUUACUUUCAGAGUGACGACAGUCCUGCUCCGUACAUUUUCGAGCGAUCCUUGGAUCCGUACCUUCAGUGGACUUUGUGCUUGGAGGAACCUAGGGACGAGGAUACGCUACCAUCGCGGCAGGAGUAUCUGAAGUCGUACGAGAUCAUCCCUUACGCCUUCUACCCGAGGGCAGAAGAAGUGGUGAUCGACGACGACGACGAAGAAGAAGACGACGACGAGGAAACAUCAGAGGAGGGAAGCUAUAGUGAACAUAGCGAGGGCGAGCUGAGUGAGGUGGAAGACGAAGGAGAAGGAACCGGGUCCGAGUGGGAAGCCCCGCCGGAGGAAGCGACACGUACGGGAACGGAGGCGGAAGAUCCGGAAGUGGCGCGAAAGCUCGAAGAGAUUGCCUCUAGAAAGCGCCAGCUGGAGUUCGCUAGCGAGGCUAGCCUGCGCAUCGGUAGCGAUCCGACCAAGGAUCGAGAGCUGUCGAGGCCCGAAGAUGGCGACCCUGCAGCCGCCACCUCAAGUACCGCGCAACGGAGACGGCGCCGAUCCCCCUCCUCCUCCAGCCCCACCCGUCCCCCAGUUCGCCCACGUACCAAUGCGGACGAUAGGCCUUCGUCCUCGAACGCUGUCCCGCCGACCCCUUGAUUUCCUCACCCUAGAGCAGAUCCGUACCCCCGUC